UUCAGUGAAGCCUGUGUUUUACUACUCUCUCUCUCUCUCUCUGUGUCUCGGAUUGCACGGCGCCUGUGACGGGGCGGGCAAUAUCUGGGCUGGAUUCGAGGCUGCGCAGGGAAUGGAACAAGUUGCUCUAAGGAGAGCGAGUGUUGGAAGAAAAGCUUCUUAUCUGCCGUGACCCCCGAACAGCGGCCGGUCUGCUCUGCCCAUUACCCCCUUUUAGGGAGAGAUUGAGAGAGUGAGGGGGGGAAAGAAACUAAAAGACUGGAGCCGACUUGGAUACAGCUCCAACCAUCUGGUCAAUUUCAACGCGAAGCUGACACGCUCCAAUAUAUCAUUUCCUUUCUCUCCUCCCUCUCGCUAUUUUGCAGCCGGGCUUCCCUCUGAACAUCUGUGCGAGGAAGUUUGACAAUAAGGAGAGAGAUUGGAGCCGGACUCGGACGAGGCCACGAUCCCGAGCCUGUUGAGUGCAGCCGAGGGCCCUUGGCAUUCGCCUCCCACCUGUCCCCGAACCCAGGAGGGUCACGGGCGCCGCUGGAGUCCCGGGAUCGGGAGAGAUGGCGGGCGCUGCCGCCACUUGUUCCCUGCUCUGCCACGUGGUGAUCGCGCUGCUGCUUCAGUUUGGCCGGGCCAGCGACUGGAACACGCUGCCACGCAAGACCGUGACACACGAUGUGCUGAGGGAGGCGAGGCGUUUCUCAAGGCCCCGGGUCUUCAACUACACCAGCCUGCACUUGGACGAGGAUGCAGAGGUGCUGUAUGUUGGCGCUCGAGAGGCCAUCUUCGCUCUCUGGAUGGAGGACGUCACGGUGGAGGUGAAAGAAGCGAUUGUAUGGAGCGCCCCGACUGAGAAAAAAAAGGAUUGUGUCCAGAAGGGGAAGAACAACCAGACCGAUUGCUUCAAUUACAUCCGCUUCCUGCAGAGCUUCAACAGCACUCACCUGUACACCUGUGGCACCUACGCCUUCCAGCCCAGAUGCACGUAUAUCGACGUGCAAAAUUUUACUUUGGACAAGGCAGCCAUGGAGAGCGGGAAGGGAAAGUGUCCCUAUGAUCCUGCCAAAGGUCACACCGGCCUGAUUGUGGAUGGUGAGUUGUACUCCGCAACGCUGAACGACUUUCUUGGCACCGAGCCGGUCAUUCUGCGCAACAUGGGACUGCGCUACUCAAUGAAGACCGAAUAUCUCGCCACCUGGCUGAAUGAACCAAACUUUGUCGGUUCCGCUUACAUCCAGGAAAGUGCGAACAUCGAGGUGGGGGACGAUGACAAAAUCUAUUUCUUCUUCAGCGAGCGAGCAGUGGAGUACGACUGCUACAGGGACCAAGUGGUGGCUCGAGUUGCUCGCAUCUGUAAGGGUGACCUGGGCGGCGCUCGAACCCUUCAGAAGAAGUGGACCACCUUUCUCAAGGCCCGGUUGCUGUGCUCACUCCCCGAGCAGCAACUUCACUUCAACAAGAUCCAGGCGAUCUACACGUUGAACGAUAGCAGCUGGCAGGACACAGUGUUCUUUGGUGUCUUCCAGGCUCAGUGGGCUGAUCUGGACGUGUCUGCCGUGUGCCAGUACCGGAUCGGGGAUAUCCAGCGAGCAUUUGAUGGGCCGUACAAGGAGUACCGGGAACAGGCACAGAAGUGGGGACGAUACUCGGAUAAAGUGCCGAGCCCCAGGCCUGGAGCGUGCAUCACCAAUAGCCACAGGGCCAGCGGCUUCAACUCCUCCCUCCAGCUGCCAGACAACACCCUCAACUUUGCCAAGGAGCACCCGCUGAUGGACGAGCUAGUGCAGCCUGUAGGCCGCCGGCCACUGCUCAUACAGAAGGGGGUCAGGUACACACAGAUGGUGGUGGAUCAGGUGGUGUCAUGGGCCGGCACGCACUACACCAUGCUCUACAUCGGCACAGGAACGGGAUGGCUUCAGAAGGCCGUGAUGGUUGGCCCUCGGACCCACGUCAUCGAGGAGAUCCAGCUCUUUGGGGAGGAGCAGCCCGUGGAAAGCUUGGUCAUUUCCAAGAAGAAGAAGCUGCUGUUUGCCGGCUCCCACCACCAGGUGGUCCAGGUUCCGGUGGCCGAGUGUCGGAAGUACAAGGGCUGCGCGGAUUGCAUAAUGGCCAGGGAUCCACACUGCGCCUGGGCCAACCACGAGUGCGCAAGGAUCGACACCUUGACAAAGACCCUCACCGUGUACCAGGACGUGGAAUCUGCCAACGUUGACUUGUGCCCGAGGAUGGAACCUGUCAAAGCAGAUCCCAGGUCCAAGGCCAUUGCCGCGGUGACUGGCACCGCCAUCCUCAUGCCUUGCCCGCUCAUCUCCAACCUGGCUCUGCCCAAGUGGCUCUUCAAGGGGCAAGACCUGGCCAUGUUUGCCAGCGCCGGCUAUGAGAUUCGGUCCGGGGCCUUGCAGAUAUUGGACGUGGGCUCCCAGCAUGGAGGGAGCUACCUGUGCUACUCCGAGGAGCGGCACGGGCGGGUGUUGGCGGGCAACUACUCCUUGGUGGUCUUCUCCAGCCAAGCCACGGCGUUGGAAAGUCGAGCGGCCGGCUUCAACCUGGGCUUGGUGUGGCUGGGCGUCUUGGUCCUGGGUGCCGUGGUCUUGGCUUGCCUGCUGGGGACGGUCAUCUACCUCAACCGCAAGCUGAAGGAGCAGCUGGAGAAGACGGCGGGGGCUCGGGAGACCACGGGCGCCAGGACGUGCGAGCGGCCGUUGCCCAAGGAGGUUCCCCGCGCCACCACCUUCAUCCCCAGCCAGACGACCAGCUCGGACGAGAAGCUGUGGGAGGCACCAUCGUACUACUACUCGGACGGCUCGCUGAAGAUCGUGCCGGGCCACGCCGUGUGCCAGAACGGCAGGGGGUCGCCCGCACACAAUGGCACCGCCAACGGCAUCCCCGGCCAGCCGCUGCCCACCGCCCUCCAGUCGCCCACCCGCCUGAACCUGGCCAACAUCCGCGGGGCCAACACCAACGGUUACAUCCGCCUGCAGCUCGGCGACGAGACCGCAGACCCCUUCUCCGAGGAACUGCGCAAGAAGCUGAAGCAGCGGCAGAUGCUGCCGGACGCCAACCCCGAGGAGUCGUCUGUGUGACCGGAGCUGACCGCUCCACCCGUUCCACCGCCCCGGCUACCUCAGCUCCCUGUAAAUAGCCACGAGGAACCACCCCCUUGUAUAUACUUCACAAGAGACAGCUUUUUACAGGCAUUCGCAGAAACCUAAAGACAUACCAAGCUGGGUCCAGCCACGGGCUAUAUCUCUGCACUCCCACUCCCUCUAUAACUGUAGCUGAACUUUACCCAUUGUGAACGGGCAGAGAGACUACACACUGGCACGCACUUCCUCAUCAUUCCACACCUGCUCUGGAGCAAGACGGCUGCCUGGCAAACAGUGUGAGCUGCCGUUGGAAGAGAGGGGGUACCGCAGUGACGUCUGGCCCGGGGCUUCUCGUGUCACUUUGGGGAACAGCUCACCUAUCUGAGUUGGCAACGUUGGCCCUGGGACAGGUGAUACAGCAUGGCCAAGUGACCAGGGACACAUCCAUCCUUCGAUGUCGCGAGCAAUCUGAACAGGCGGCCUCUCCAACCACUGACACCUUCAACCAUACGGAGGGAAUUGACACCAGAGUUGGGCGUGUGGACUUCUCUCACCUGGAUGACCUACUACUUGUUACAGUCUUGCUGAUGAACAAAAUGGAGAAGCAAUCAGUGGCCCUCAUCAGCUUGGGGAGUAGACCGAGAAGUUGGGUGCCAUCUCUGUCAACCAUUGGACAUUUGAGGAAUGAUCUACUGGACAUGAAUCUACCAUGAGUUUGGGUGCUUUGGUAUAGAUUGACCCUGCCGUGUGUGGUGGCUGGGACCUGCUGCUGUAAAAGUGGUCUACAAAGCCCCUGGUCUAUGGACUCUUAACAAUGGAGCACAUGUGUUGUGGAGAAUGAAUGGCCAGGCAGUGGCCAAGUGUUAGAUGUUGGUGUUGUACAUAAAGCCCAGUUACAUUAAAGCUGAACACACAGAGUCCUGGAGGAACUCAGUGGGUCAGGCAGCAUCUUUAGAGGGGAUCGGAUGGGUGAGGUUUCGGGUCAGGACCUUGAUUGCUGGAAAAGGGAAGUGGGGGUUCGGUCAAAGCCAGGAGAGUGAUGGGUGGAUACAGGGGAUAG